UGUCAAAUAGACUCGCAAUUUGAAAUCGCGCAGAUUAAGUUUAGAUAAUACUGCCUGACGCUCCCAAACUUUGAAUUUUUGUCCAUUGACGUGGGGAAAUUUAAAUUAAAAAGUGAUAAAGCAAAAUGUAGAGUAAACAAUCUCAUUAUCAGUUAUCAGAAGCACUGUGUUGUGCAGACACUCGUUAUCACCACCGAAGGUCGUUGUGCCCUGACUCUAAUUUUGUGGAUUGUCCCCUUACCUAAGUGUGUUGUACAAAAUUAUACUUUUAAAGUUGUUAAAGCUAAGUUAACUAAUUAGGAAUCGUUUUCACUUUAUUAUAAUGAACAAUAUUACAAGAAGAGGAUUACUAUCCACUGUCACCAAGUUCAGCACUUCGGUAUCCGUAGCUUCGCAGCCUACUUCUGCUGUGUCUCCUCUACCAAGCAAAGUUCUAAACACACCAUGGACCGACAAAUUUGUACUGUUGAGGCCAGAAGACUACACCACGAUGCCCAUGUACAGAGUUUUAGACUUGCAAGGUCGCAUUCUCAACUCUUCUCAAGAUCCCCAGUUGGAGCCGACCACCUACUUGAAGAUGUAUAAGUGCAUGGUGCUGCUCAACACAAUGGAUCGCAUUUUGUACGAUGCUCAGAGACAAGGUCGCAUCUCUUUCUACAUGACUCAUUACGGUGAGGAGGCCAAUUGUGUGGGCAGCGCUGCGGCUCUACAUGACUCCGACUGGAUCUUCAGCCAGUAUAGAGAGGCUGGAACUCUGAUGUACAGAGGAUUCGAUCUAGAGGCAUUUAUAAAUCAGUGUUAUGGCAACUGUGAGGACAAAGGCAAAGGUAGGCAAAUGCCAAUCCACUACGGCUCCAAGAAGCAUAAGUUUGUAACUUUGUCUUCUCCCUUAGCCACACAGAUUCCUCAAGCCGUGGGGGCAGCGUAUGCACUCAAGAGGUCUGGCCAGGGAGGCUGUGCGAUUGUGUACUUCGGGGAGGGAGCGGCUAGCGAGGGAGAUACUCACGCAGCAUUCAACUUCGCUGCUACCCUCCAGUGUCCCAUCAUUUUCUAUUGCAGAAACAACGGCUACGCAAUAUCAACCCCUAGCAAGGAGCAGUAUGCUGGAGAUGGCAUUGUAGCGAGAGCCGAGGGCUAUGGUAUAGCAGCUGCUAGGGUGGACGGCAACGAUGUUUUGGCUGUUUACAACGGCACAAUGGCUGCCCGUCAGUAUGCGAUCACGGAGAACAAACCUGUCAUUCUGGAAGCCAUGACUUACAGAGUGAGUGCUCACAGUACGUCCGAUGACAGUAGCGCUUACAGGCAGACUGAGGAGAUGCAGCUGUGGCAGCAGUACAACCCCAUAGAUCGUCUACGGCUGUUCCUAGAGGCUCGCAACUUGUGGGACUCUGAACAGGAACAACAGUUUGUGGCGGCCUCUAAGAAGCAGGUUCUCGAAACGUUUAUUAGCUCAGAGAAAAAGCUGAAACCAGAGUGGAAAGAAAUGUUCACAGAUGUUUACCAUGAAAUGCCAAAGCACAUUGCGAAACAAAUGGAGUACAUGGACAACCACCUGAAAACCUACAAGAAUAACUACCCUCUCAAGGAUUUCAAACAAAACUAAUUUAAUUCAGUAGGUUGUUUGUAAAAUCAGAAUCUUUGAAAAUAUUAAGUUGUACACAACUGGGAAGGCUACCGAGGAGGGAGUGUUAUAAGAGAGGAGAGGGUCCGGGGGACCUCCCCUGAAAUUUUUUUUUAUUUUAAAGUAGUUUUGUGACUUUUUAACGCCUACAUCUGUUUCCAAAAACCUCUGUUACGCUGUUAAGACAAAAUGUUUGUUUGAAUAUAUUUUGCCAGGGUCCAAUGGGGGGGGGGGGUUGACCCCUACAGCCCCUUCCUCCCUACCACCCACUUGGAACUGCUACUGCAAUUUCAUAGGUAUCAUUGGUUGUUUAAGUUUUAGAUUUAAGUUUUUUUAUUUUGUAAUUUGGUUGUUUUACCUAUGGUUUUUUAGCACUAUAAUAUUUACAGGGUAAAAGUGUAUUGUCUGUGAUGAAAGAUAAUUCUAGAAUCGUGGUAGAAUAAGUAAAAGGUUAUAAAUAAAAACUUUUACUAUGCAUUGCA